ACUUGUUGCUCAUUGCUGCCUUGCCCAAUUAGCAGUGUUUGGAGGGCAUGUGACCCCAGCCUGCUAUCACAGAUAUUGGUAUUUCAUAGGCUCCAAAUUUAUAGCUGGUCCCACAAGGAUGGCAUCAGAGAAAAAAGGACAGCUUUUUAGAGAAAAUGCAGAUAUUUCAAGACUGAUCACUGGUCAUGCAGUAAAUAACACUGGUGAUAACAAGAGUGCUCUACAUGCAUAUGAGGUGGCGCUGAAGACGACGCACGACAAGUGCCAGAAGCAGGCGGAGCAGCUGCGCCAGUUGUCGGAGGAGGCGAGUCGCCAGCUGGCCGACAGGGCCGAGCUGCACGCCGAGAUCAGCCGGCUGCGCGAGUCGGCCGGCCGGCAGCGCGAGCGGGCCGGCCAGCUGCACCGCCAGCUGGCCGCCAGUCACCGCGAGAGCAGCGCGCUGCGUCACCAGGUGGCGCUGCAGCAGCGGCAGCUGAGCGCCGCCCGGCGACGCCUGCAGGAGGCCGGCCUGGCGCCACCCUCUCUGGAGCAGGCCAACCGCGGCUCCGACGAGAUGGACGUACAGCUGUCUGUAGCGGCGGCGCCGGAGCUGUGUGACGCGGAGGACCGGUCGGACUCACCGGACAUCAGCUCCAUGACGGAGGAGGAGAUCGCCCGGCGGCUGGUGCAGCUGCAGCGUGCCGGACACCAGUCGCUCCAGCAGUCCUUCGACGAGGUGCUGAGCGGCCUGCAGCGGGCGGCGGCCGUGGACGUCGCCGCCGCUCCCCGGCCGGCCCAGUUGUCCCAGGCUCUGCGGCGCAAUAACGACCUCCUGCGGCGCAGCGUGGAGAGCCUGCGCCGCCUCCAACAGUCCGGUGGUCUGGGCACGGAGCGGGCGGACAGCUCACUGCCUCCCCUGCACGAGAUCCCCCUGACGGGUAGCCCGCCGUCGGGCCGGCCGGGCACCGCCGACCGGGCGACGGGCGCGCCGUCGGGGCGGUGGCCGGACCCGGCCGCCGGCGCCGAGCCGCCCACCUGCCCCAUCUGUGGCCAGGUGUUCCGGCCGCCGGCCACGCGCCGCGAGCUCGAGGACCAUGUGUACGCGCACGUGCUGGACAUGACGGCUGAGGAGGAGGCGCUGUCGGCCGACCUGUCGCCGCCGUCCUCCGCGGCCGCCGCCGCCCGUGCCGCCGUCUAGCUGUCUGCCCGGCCGCCGCCGCCCGUGCCGCCGUCUAGCUGUCGGUCCGGUCGCCGCCGCCCGGGCCGCCGUCUAGCUGUCGGCUGUUGGUGAGUGUCGGCUGUCGUGGAGCCCCCGCCCGGGCGAGUGUCGGUCCGAUGAGUGUCGUCUGCUGUCGGCAUGACAGACUGUAUGACCGGUGCUGAUUGCAAGGGAAGCACUGGCCGAAGAUGCUCAGUGAACCCAAGCUGCCUGGUCCGUCGGGACACGCAGUGAAUAGCGCGGUAUCCGGAUUGAAAAUUCGCUUCGUGCGUUGGUGCAGUGGGCAUCAGUCUCGAAGUCAUCCGCGUGUGACCUUCGGACAGAGGCACAUCGAUAUGGUAGGUUCAGUAUUGGGCAAACGUGUGAGCGAUAGUCCUGUCCAGACCAAAGAGAUACGACGGAAAGACGGCAGUCCUAUCUGAGGGCCCGAUAGGACUAAGGUCGAAUGUAUGGAGACUGGCCGGCUGCAGUUCAUAGUGUACGCACUACGCGCAUUGAAAUUAAGGCUUGUGCGCAGAGCAAGAACCAAAUUUAUAAGAGGCUUUACACGGGUUGUCUCGUGAAUGCGUGAGGGAACGCGUAUGUUUGAGUCGGUAUACAUUCCUACUUCAUAUUGUUAUUGAAAUAGUUAUGUCUCGAGUAAUUGUGUGUGUAAAUACCGUAAUAUUUACGAAUUUGGAACUAGUGUGGGCCUGCUGAGAUACAUAUCGGCAUCAACUACAUAGUGCUAUUUUAGCAAGUCUUCACGGUACAAAUGCAGGAAGUGUUGCAUCCGUGAAUGCGUGAUGGCUAUCAAGGAGCCCUUGCGCUACUCUUUCGAGGACGGACUGCGGCCUAUUGACGUUUGGUGCCAGCGCCGUUGGUGGCUGCCGCCGCUACCGUUUCCGUUGACGAGCUCACGUCUACGGAUUGGUGCUUGGUGUGUGCGAUGCAGAGCAUUGCAUAUACGUUGUCAGCGUGCACUGGUGGAUGCCGGUAAGAUGGCCCUCCCAUUGUUCAAGGAUCCGUCCUAAUCCGUAAGAAGUAUGUCUGGCUGGGACUGCGCAACUGCGUGUAAGGCCGAAUAUCUAUUUUUAUAACCAGGAACGUCAUUAUCGUGUAGUUCCACACCUGGAUCGGUGCAGCCUCGGCAUGUCGUAUUUAUUAUUUCUACUUGUAAGAUGUAUUGUUCACUGAGUACACGUUUUCCAUACGGAUUUACAAUUAUACUGUGCUGUUUUGGCAUUCUCUUGGUGGUGUACUCUGUGAUUGUAGACUCUUUUAAGACGGGAUGCCUGCCUCAUAUGUAUCUAUUAAUCAGUUAAUAAACUGUCUCGGUA